GCGUUUUGAGUGGUGGUCAUGCCUUUUGGCCUCACCAACGCCCCGACGACCUUUCAAGCGGCAAUGAGCAACGAGUUUUGUGCGAUGUUGGACCGGUUCGUGCUGGUCUACUUAGACGACAUUCUAGUCUAUAGUCGGUCAUUGGAGGAUCAUCUUGAGCACCUUCGACGAGUGUUGGAGACGCUGCGCGGCGCCAAGUACAAAGCCAACUGCGACAAGUGCGAAUUUGUUUGGCAAGAGCUGGAAUACUUGGGCCAUUUUGUGACACCGAAGGGCAUCCGUCCGUUGUCGGACAAGAUUCAAGCCAUCCAAGAGUGGCAGGAGCUGCUGAACGUCACGGAUGUCCGUUCGUUCCUUGGCCCUGCGGGCUACUACCAACGUUUUAUCAAGGGAUACUCUAAGAUUGCGGCCCACUUGACCAAGCUUCAAUGCGAGGAUCGACCGUUUGACUUCGGGGAGGAUGCGGGGGAUUCAUUUUUUACUCUCAAAGCCGCGCUAUUAUCUGCGGAAAUUUUGCGCAUACACGAUCCGUUAUCGCCAACGCGCGUCGCUACGGAUGCGUCCGACUAUGGCAUUGGUGUCGUCCUCGAACAACACGAUGGCGUGGACUAGCACCCGGUCGAGUACUUCAGCAAGAAAGUGCCCAUCGUGCACUCCAUUGACGA